UGUUCGAACUGACAGAUGGCAUGGCUAAACGAACUCUUCGAUACACCCUGACGUGGAUGCAACCUAAGAGGGCAGUGCCUGUCGUGCACGGCUGGGCAAUUUCAAGCACCCCUACUAGAUGUCUACGGUGGCUUCAUGCAUGAGGCAAACCAAAUGAGAGCAGAGUCGAGGAAUGCGAUCGACCCCGAAAGAUAACUGAUUGACCGUAUUCCGGGAAAAAAAUGUCCUAGAAAAUCGUCUGCUUUACUUUCUAGGUUGAUUUUACCCAAUGGUGCAGGUACAAACUAAGACUAGGGUCCAUUGGGGAAAGACAAAUCGUUCAAAUACUAGCAGCAACUCAGCAGGUGAUGUCUUUUCACCUGGUGGUGCAAAUGCAAUGCUUGGAGAUGGAAGACAAAUCCAACAUAAAUGGCAGCAAUACCAUCGCCAAAGAUUCAGCUGUUACUAGCCAAUUACAAUCAUCAAUGCUUUCCUUUCUGUUACUAGCCAAUUACACAAAACUUGCCCAACCAAGCCGCUGCCCCUGCCCGCCACUGUCUCCGUCGCCGAUAUAACUAACCAGUCUAACCACCACUACACGCUCCACUUUCGUUGCUCCGUCUCCCCACUCGAGCGCGCGCUCGAUUCCAUCCGGCCAUCACCAAUGUCGCCGCCGGCGCCGGCGCCGCUUCGUCUCGUUCCGUUCCUCAUCUUUCUCCUCCUGAUCCAUCUCCCAUCCUCCCUCUCCUCGCGCCACCACCACCACCCGCCGUCGCCGUCGAAGCCCACGCCGUCCUCCUACGCCGCGCCGCUCGCCGUCCUCCUCGCCUGCAACGCCACGCGGUUCCAGCCGGUCUGCGUCUCCACGCUCUCCAACGCCUCCGCCGACGCGUCCAACUCCGACCUCCUCGCCGCCACGCUCGCGGCGCUCAAAGCCCGCAUCCCGCCCGCCGUCUCCACGGCGCGGUCCGUCCUCGCCGGCUCCUCCAACGUCAACCUCUCCAACGCCGCCACCAACUGCCUCACGUUCCUCUCCCUCUCCGCCCACCGCCUCUCGCCGCCGCCCUCGCCGUCGUCGCUCCUCUCCGCCUCCACCGCGCUCCUCCACCUCUACGACUGCUGGUCCGCCUACAAGUACGUCAACUUCUCCCGGACCAUCUCCGACGCCAUGGCCUACCUCGACGACACCAUCGCCGUCAAUAGCAACUACAUCUCCAUGCUCGCCGCCCUGCAGCGCUACGGCGACGACACCUCCCGGUGGGCCCCGCCGCAGACGGAGCGCGAUGGCUACUGGCCCCCCGCGGCGGUGGGGUCCGCGGACGAGGACGCGUUCGGCGUGCCCAAGGGGCUCCCACCCAACGUGACGGUCUGCGGCGCCGGGUGCCACUACAAGACGGUGGGGGAGGCGGUGGCGGCGGCGGCGGACUACGGGGACGGCUGGUUCGUGGUGCACGUGAAGGAGGGGGUGUACAAGGAGACGGUGAACGUGCCGUGGGAGAAGACGAACGUGGUGGUCGUCGGCGACGGCAUGGGGCGGACGGUCAUCACCGGCGACCUCAACGCCGACACGUCCGGCGUCUCCACCUUCAAUACUGCGACCGUAGGCGUUCUGGCUGACGGCUUCAUGGCGCGCGACCUGACGAUCUCCAACACGGCGGGGCCCGACGCGCACCAGGCGGUGGCGUUCCGGUCGUCGGGCGACCGCACGGUGCUGGACACCGUGGAGCUCCUGGGCCACCAGGACACGCUCUACGCGCACGCCAUGCGGCAGUUCUACACCCGGUGCCGCGUCUCCGGCACCGUCGACUUCGUCUUCGGCAACUCCGCCACCGUGCUCCACGACACCGCGUUGACCGUCGUGCCGCGGCAGCUCCACCCGGAGAAGGGCGAGAACGACGCCGUCACCGCGCAGGGCCGCACCGACCCGGCGCAGCCCACGGGGAUCGUGCUCCGCGGCUGCCUCGUCAACGGCAGCGACGACUACAUGGCGAUGUACCGGCAGAACCCCGGCGUGCACCACGUCUACCUGGGCCGCCCCUGGAAGGAGUACUCGCGCACGGUGUACGUCGGCUGCACGCUCUCCGAGAUCGUGCAGCCGCGCGGGUGGAUGGCCUGGAACGGCGACUUCGCGCUCAAGACGCUCUACUACGGCGAGUACGAGAGCGCCGGCCCCGGCGGCGCCGGCGCCGGCGGGAGCAGGAUUGGGUGGAGCAGCCAGGUGCCCAAGGACCACGUCGGCGUGUACAGCGUCGCCAGCUUCAUACAGGGUGACAAGUGGAUACCCAAAGUACAGUAGCGUAGCAUAAAGCAGUAACCACCGACCCAGUAGAGGCCGAUACAGCUUGAGGUGGUACACCAACUACCAACUUCGUCGAUCGAUGCAGCUUCGCAAACGCAUUGUGCCGUGCAUAAUGUUUAAUGAAAGAGCUUUUUUCCUA